CUCAUACCGGAAACCUUGCUGUCUUCAGUUGCAGCACACUUCUAAGGAGAGCCCAAACCUAGGAAUUCAAUUCAAUUUAAAUUAUUUCAGUGGAUCUGCUGUAUUUUUCCUGUCUCAGUUGUUGCUGGGGAGAAGUCCUAUGGUGAAUCACAGCCAAGGUUAACAUGUUUUGCUUCCUCACUGGCUAGCCAGGAACAGAAAUGGAUUCACGAAGCACGCCCUAUCGCUCUGAAGUAGCUCGCUGGUCGCCAAAUGACUUGGCAGACUACUUUAGGAGGUUAAACUUCAAGGACUGUGAGAAAGUUGUUAGGAAGCAUAACAUAACUGGACAAAGAUUUCUGAGCAUGUCUGAAAAUGAUAUUCAGAAGUUUCCAAAGCUAAAAGUUCCCAUUCUAAGCAAACUAAGUCAGGAAAUAAAUCGGCAUGAAGAAAAAAAAAGCAUCUUUCCAAAAAGAACACAGAUACAGAAGUCUCCUGAAAAUACAGAAUAUAAACAAGAGGAUGGUGAUGGCUGGUCCUCCUUUGAUGAAAGUGAUGAUUAUGAAAGUCCAGAUGAUGAUCAAGUUGGAGAUGGUGUUGAUUAUGAAACGCCUGAUGAUCAAGCUGAGAAUGAAAAUGAUGCAGAUUAUGAACCUCCUCCAUCAAAUGAUGAGGACAUCCUCCGCAAUGCUAUAUUUCCUCCCAAACCAAUUCCGGCCACUUCAGAAUACAUAGAUAGACCUGCAACAGAGAGAGGCAAAACGUCUCUUCAGCCUCCCAUUCCACCACAGAGGCCUGGCCCCAGCCCUGUACCAGGAGCACCUCGAAGCAGACGCCUUGGGCAGCCACCUUUCAGUUCUCCUUCAAACAAUAAUGAGAAUUACAGAGACAAAAGUGCAAAUCUCUUUAAACCACCAGCUCCUUUUGUCGACAGAAGCAAAAAACCACCACUGGAUCGACCUGGGCCCCCCUUUGAGAGAGAAAGCCUUGGAGCUGGCAAACGAGCUUUUCCUGAAAUGGCUCUGACACCAAAACUCAGGUCUCUGGCAGAAGAUUUAGCAAAGAUACAGAAGCCUCCUCUGCCACCAACUGAGAGAUAUGAAAAAAACAGUCCUUCCUCUAGGAGGGUUCUGCCACCCAUAAAGAACAAUCAGAUGCCUGAAAGACAGACAGAAAUGGAACCUGACAAUAUUCCCCAAAGGCCAGUUCCACAGCCAUCACCGCAGCCCUUUAACACCUUCCCUUGCCGAACUACUAAGUCACAGUCUAAUUUAGUUCCUUUGCCACCCAAGACGAAGCCUGAUCUAUACACAGAAAGCAUUUCCUCAAGUGUAUCAUUACCACCACGGCUUCUGCCAAGCAAUCUCUCCAGAACCUUUUCCAAGAACCCAGCAGAUAGCAGACCACCAUUACCAAUUCCCAGUAGACCAAAUGCAGAAUUUCCUAAAGCUGAUAAUGAAGGAGUGGAACAAUGUCAUAAGGGUCAACAAAAUCAAAAGUGGUAUGUUGCUGAUAUCACCCGGUCAGAUGCAGAAGUUGCCCUCAGGAAUAUAAACCAGGAUGGUGCAUUUUUAGUAAGAGACAGCUCCAGAAAAACAGUUCAGCAACCAUUUGUUCUAAUGGUGCUUUACCACAACAAAGUUUACAAUAUCCAGAUACGCUAUCAACAAGAGGAUCAAGUCUACUUCUUAGGAACUAGCUUGAAAGGAAAUGAGGACUUCACUUCAGUGGCUGACAUCAUUGAUUACUUCAGACGAAUGCCCCUUCUAUUGAUAGAUGGAAAAGAUCGAUGUUCAAGGAAGCAAUGCAUGUUAACGUAUGCUGCUGGAACACUUUAGAAGAGAAAAUGCAUGAAGAUCAAGCUCAAAUUCCACUUAGUCUUUUCAGGCUAAAGAAGUAACAGAUUUGUAUUGGGUGAACUGAGAUAAUUUCUCAUCUGUAUUUUCAUGUUACACUAUGAAGGUUAUUGUUGUGUUAUCCCUUUUUUUCCUUUAGUAUGGGAGUCAUUAAGUACACACUUUCAGUGAAAAAUUUCAUAUGUGUAAUAUCCAGGAACUGAAAUACACUUAGUAGACUGUGUCUUAUUAUUACUGAACAUUUUUCUUCAAGGACAAAGAUGGCUUCUAGACAGUAGUUCUAUAUACAUUUUCCAUAUAAAUGUUAUAAUAACAGAUUCAUUCAAAGUAGCUUAACAGAUAUUUUCUGAUGUUAUCAAACAGCAUGUAUGCUAAUGUCUGUUCUUAGUGAAAACAUUUGUUUAUUGUGUUCCAUAUAUGAUGGCAUUGGUUAGUUGCAAAAUCAUCAAGUCAAAGGAUUUUUUUUUUUUUUU